AUGAGCGUACUCUUGGAGACCAAUGCUGGCAAUCUGGUGAUCGACCUUUUCGUGGACAGCGCCCCCAACGAGUCCAGAACGUUUAUUGCGCUCUGCCUGAGCAAAUUCUACCACUACUCGCCGUUUGUGAACGUGCGAAAAAACGUCGCUGUGGACUCUGGCAACCCGUGCUAUCCAGACCCCCUUGCUGCUCCGCAGCCAGAUAAAAACAUAAAUUAUACGCCGUCAUCUCAUCUCAGCCCCGAAAAAUUGGGUCAGGUGCUCUUCACCUCCAAAGGAGACGAGUUUAGCCCGGAAUUCUCCAUCUGCCUGGGCCCUGUGACGGACAUAUCCGGCCAUGUCUUUGGAACCAUCGGUGAGGGUUUUACCACGCUUGAGUAUAUCAACGACUGCGUACUUGACGAGGCCGGCCGCCCGCUGAAAGACAUUCGGAUUCUGCACACUUUUGUUCUGGACGAUCCGUUCUCGCUGCUGUUCGAAGCGCCUCCUAGUCCGUACCCCACGCAGAAACAAAUCGACUCUUUCAGACUCUUGCUGGACGAAAGUGCGCUAGAAGACAUCAAGGCCGAGUCGCAUGCCCUCACGCUGGAAGUGCUGGGCGAUCUGCCGUCAGCGAAAAUUCAGCCUAGCGAGAAAGUGCUAUUUAUUUGCAAGCUCAAUCCGGUCACCGCAGAGGACGACCUGCGCUUAAUUUUCCAGCGCUUUGGGGAAAUAACGUCGGUUGAAGUCAUCAGAGACAGACGUACCGGUCAUUCGCUGUGCUACGGAUUUAUUGAGUUCACCAACAAAUCUGCCGUUGAACGAGCGUACCAUAAAAUGGAAGGUGCUAUUAUUGACGAUAGAAAAGUGCAUGUCGACUUUUCGCAGAGCACGAAACGCAAACGAAACAGAGACGAUUUUAUAUAA